AUGGCAUCGCCAACGAACGGAGCGCUUGAACGGUACAAGAGCGCCAUCACGACCGCCACGUCCGUCGUGGGCGCGGCCAUGCUGCUGCGCCGGCUCGUCGCCGACGUCCUACCGGCCGGCACGCCUCCGCUGGUGGGCGCUUUGCUCCUCCUGCCGCCGCCUUCCGCCCGGCGCCACGCCGUGGUCAUCGAGGAGUUCGACGGCGCCUUCUACAACCGCGUCUUCCUCGCGGCGAGGGCGUACGUCUCCACGCUCCUCGCCGCGGCGCCGACCGGCGCGCCGCCCGUGGUGAAGGCGAGCCUGCCGCGCGGCGCCGCCGGUGCGGAGCAGAUCACGCUCGCCAUGCGCCCCGGCACGGCCGUCGUCGACGUGUUCCGCGGCGCUGAGGUCACGUGGCGCCUGAGCAGUCACGGCAGCAGCGGGCGCCGGCGGGCGGACGGCGCCGGCGGCGCGGGCGAGGCGUUCAGGCUCAGCUUCGACGGGAAGCACAAGGACCUGGUGCUCGGCGCGUACCUGCCGUUCGUCAUGGCCCGUGUCGAGGCCAUGGCGCGGGACCGGAGGCAGGCCAAGCUGUACAGCAACGAGUGGGCGAUGUGGCGGCCCGUCAGGCUCCGCAACGCGUCCACGUUCGCGACGCUGGCCAUGGACGCGGCGCUGCGGCAGGACGUGCUGGACGACCUGGACAGGUUCCUGGGCCAGAGGGAGUACUACGAGCGCACGGGGAGGGCGUGGAAGCGAGGCUACCUCAUCCACGGGCCGCCCGGGACCGGCAAGUCCAGCCUCGUGGCCGCGAUCUCCAACCACCUCCACUUCGACGUGUAUGACCUCGACCUCGGCGCCGUCCGGUCCAACACCGAGCUCAGGAAACUGCUGAUCCGGAUGAAGAACAGGUCCAUACUGCUGAUCGAAGAUGUCGACUGCGCGUCGGUAACAGUGCAGAGGAGAGAAGCCGACGGAGGCUCCGAUGCGAGAAGCCAGCAGGCUCCCAAGCAUCACAAGGCCACCCUGUCCGGACUACUCAACAUGGUGGACGGGCUCUGGUCGAGCAGCGGGCACGAGCGCAUCCUCAUCUUCACCACCAACCACGUGGACCGGCUGGACCCGGCGCUGAUCCGGCCGGGGCGGAUGGACAAGCACAUCCACAUGGGCUACUGCGGCUUCGGCGCGUUCAAGGAGCUCACGGCCAUCUACCACGGCGUCGACGGCCACCUCCUGUUCCCGGAGAUCGAAGCGCUGCUGCGGGAGGUGGCCGUGGCGCCCGCGGAGCUUGCGGAGAAGCUGCUGGCGACGGACGACGCCGACGCCGCGCUCGAGACGGCCGCGAAGCUGCUCAGAGAUAGGAAGGCGGGGGUCGAGGAGGAGGCCGGCGGCGGGUACGUCAAACAGAAGCUGCAUGUGGAGGCGACCCGCCCCCGCCGCCGGCUAGUGCCGGCGCCGGCGCCUGGGCGGGGCGUUAGUGCUGCGAGACGGGUGGGGGUGUCUGGCCGAAGUGGAAUGCGCGGACGGGGAAGGGGACGGCCAUAG